UUUACAAUUAUUCAUAAUUGUGUGCAAUAUGAAGGAAUUUGACGAGCCUGGUUAUCAUGGAGUCGAUAGACAUGGUCGUGACUUUACAGAAAGAGCUAUUAGAAUGGCGUUUAUUCGUAAGGUCUACGCUAUUCUCUUCGUUCAAAUUCUUAUCACAAUUGCCAUUAUCUGUUUCGUCACUUUUGUUACACCAGUGAAGACAUACGUGAAUGACCAUGUGUGGGUAUUCUGGACAGCAUUCGGUCUUACCAUUUUCUUUAUUAUUCUUCUGGCUUGCUUUGUUGAAAUUCGACGACGUCUACCGUGGAAUUACAUUUUUCUAAUUGCCUUUACUAUUUUGGAAUCGUUUGUUUUGGGUUACAUCAGCAGUUUCUACAGUUGGCAAUCAGUUCUGAUGGCAAUGGGAAUUUGUGCGGUUGUGUGUCUAGCUCUCACCGUGUUUUCAUUUCAAACAAAGUUUGACUUCACAACAUGCGGUGGAAUGUUGUUUGUGAGCCUCAUAAUAUUUGUGGUGUUUGGAAUUUUUGCUGGCAUCUUUGUUGUCUACGUGGGCAAUAUAUUGUAUCUUGUUUAUGCCGGAAUUGGAGCAAUGUUGUUUUCGUUGUAUCUGGUGUUUGAUACUCAACUGAUGAUUGGUGGCAAACACAAAUACGCUCUCUCUCCCGAAGAAUAUAUAUUUGCAGCUCUCAAUCUUUAUCUCGACAUUGUACUGCUGUUUCUGUACAUACUUGCUCUACUGGGUGGUGGUGGCGGCAACAACUGAAAUUACUAUGACUAUUUGUAUGUACACAUAUUAGUUAACUGUAAUACAAAAUUUAAGUUUUGUGCAUGGUCAUAUGUAGCAGGAAGAUAAAAGAGUCAUGGAUCAUGUGAUCCUGUAGCAACCAUUGUCGUAGUUUUGACACUUUGGUAUUUUCGUUUCACAAAGAAGUUGUACUUCUGAUGCUCAAAUAUAGAUAUGAGAAUGUUCUCUACA